AUGAAAAUGAGCGCCCAUAACUUCAAUGAAAAUUUGGCUCAACCGACCUAUCCAGUUCGACCGUACGAUUGACUAACUUUUUAAGCCAUUCAAAAAAAUUACUCAUCUUAUUUUGAAUUAUUUGGAUGAAUAGAAAAAGCUCAGAAUAUAGUUUUAAAAAAAGGAAAAAAAUUAUUUUGAGAAAUUUACAUUAGUUGAAUUUCGAAAAAAAUUUUUUUCACAGGAAUGUGCGGGGCUUCAGCUUCAAUCCAGGAGUCAACGCUUUGGUACGUUCUUUAAACAAAAUUUUUCGAACUUUUUCCUCAGUGUCCCAAAUUCUACGGAAUAAUAAAAAAAAAUUAAUCUGAAUUUCCAGCAAAUGUUGCAGUUUCACUACAGUUCUCCGACUGUCUCUCAAAAACGUAUUGAAAUUUCAAAAAUUAACUCAAAAAAGUUGUAUGGUUCAGAAGAUGCUCGAUCCUUGAGGAAUAUUGCUGCUGGAGUGAAUGAAAGUCGGGACGAACAAAGGCAAAAAAACGCAAGCAACGAGGUUUUAAUAAUCAACCUAAUUUUUGAGCGAGGAAAAAAGUAAUUGUCAAAAUUUGAAUUAUGUUGAAGGAAAAAUUAAAGCAAUUCAGGUGUGAGUCAGGGUAGCCGCCGAGUAGCAAACUAGUGACUUCGGUUUUUUUAUUUUAUUUUUUUGUACUGUUAGCAAUUUUUCCGACCAAAAAAAUACUAGUUUUUUUAUUAAAAAAAUUUAAUACGCAAUAUGGUUAUCGUGUCGAAAAAAAUCGAAUAAAAAUAUUAGUUGACCUUAUUUUUCAAAGUUAUCUAAAUUACUAAAAGAAAAUAUCCAGUUUUAUGAAAAGCUUUAAUGACAGACAGCAUCGAAAGUACCUUUUUUGUGACGGAUAUUUUUUCUUCGAAUUCGAGAACGUUCGAAAGAAACACUUGGUAUUACAGUUAUUCGGAGCACCUGCGUUUCAAGUCUCAUCGCCUUCUCAGAUCCCUCUUCCUCCGCCAAGGACUCCAUUCGCAAGACGUGCUCUUCUGGAAACCCCUUCCAGAAUCCCUCUACCUCCGGCCAGAGUCGUUCCUAAGCCUGAACCUCGCAACGUCCCAUUUCCUGUUCAAGAACGUUUUGGGUCUGAAUGUCACAAGGAAUAUCCAAGAGGCCAGUUUCAACUCAGCUCAUUCUGAAUAAGAUUGUAUGUGUUUAGGAUCUGUCCUGUCUUCUACUUUGGCCCGGACGAUGAAGAAAAAAAGAAAGCCGAUGAAGAGGAAACCCGCGAAAAGGAACAAAAUAAACUUCGAUUAUGAACCAACUUCUUCAAUAGGAGACCCUCUAAAACCUGUUGCCAACACGGUGACUCAGAUUGUGCUUGAACAAAAAAAUUGUCUUCCUACUUCUGUUCCAAAACUUCAAUUACGAGAUUCUAACAUUCCCUCAAGAAAAUUUUCUUUUCGCCGUGCUGAAAAGCCACAAAAUUCUCACAUGAACAUUAUGAGCCAUGAACACUUUUCACAAUCAUUCUACGGCCAUCAACCUUUUGUUCAACAACCAUACUACCAAUGUAGCCUCCCUAUGUACGGAUCAGGGUUCGGUUUAUCUACUAAUCGGAUAAUUUCACACAUUUUCAGAAACGUAAUGGCCUCUUCCAGUUAUGAAUGUUUCUCAGAAAUGUAUGAUAAUGCCCAAAGAGCAGGUUUUAUCAACUGCGAAAACUGUAAGCCUUACUUUCCGGCAAAUUAAUCAGUAAAAAUUAAGCACGUAGACCUGUCCCUGGAAUGUUGGCCGUGACAGACGUCAACAUCAAGUUUGUCUCCAGCGAGCUCCUUAAGGAAAAUCUCCAUGAAGAAUCCGGUGACAUUGUCCCUUUGUACACUUUACAAUUCUAA